ACAUGUUGUAAUAAUCAACCGUACUCGUUGAACUAUUUUCAUAUUUGAAUAAUUAUUUGAUUACCUUCAAAAUAUAUUACAAAAUAAUUAUUUACAAUGAACCUUGAUUUUGAAGAGAAUAUUACGAAAUUAAUAACCAAACCAGAGGUCAAAUAUGAAAAUCCGCCUAUGUACAUAUCUAAAUUUCGUAAAUCUGUCCGAAGAGCAUCAGUUCGUGGCAAAAGUGCACAUAAAACUUUCGGAAUUCCAAAAGUAUCGUUAAAUCCACCAACCCAAUUUCUCAGAAAAAAAUCUCGCAUUGAAAUUAAACGGACAGAUAUAAAACAUAAACAUUAUCAUAUUCCUAAUUAUCCACAUGGAUUACCUUCCUGGAAAUCUCAAAAGCAUAUUGAAUCUUCAGAAAAUAUUAAAAACCUUGGGAAAAAUUUUAAAAAAGAAAAUACAAUUAAAGUGAAGAAUUCUCGUGCAAAAAAACCCAGGCUGUAUUUUGCCGAUGAUCGCUAUGGCAAUUCUUUUCCACACAAACCAAAUAGUUUUUUAGCUUCUGAAAAUUCACAGAAUAAAAAUUCAAUGAAUAUUCACUUAAAAAAAAAUUUACGUCCAAAAAAAGAAUUAAUGAUUAAAAAGAAUAGCGAAUUGAAAGUACAAAAAAGUACAAAGAAUAUAAAAAUAGAAAAAGCUGGUGAAUCAUCUAAGAGUAAUGAAAAACAAGUUCCAAAUGAGAACAAAUUGGUUGAAGAAAAUAUGUGUCGUUAUAUUACGGCUGAAGAACGUGAAGAAUUGCUAAAGGGGAUGAAAAAACGGUGGGAAGAACUGAUGAAGCAAUUCCAAGGAUUACCAUUUUUAACUGAUACUCCACCAAAAAUUAAAAGAAAAGCAAAAAUGGAACAAGACUUAAAACAAUUAGAAAAAGAUAUUGAUAUGAUUGAACGCCAUCCACAUAUUUACGUUUAUAAUGAUGAGAGUAAUCAUUAAUUCGAAUAAUUUAUUUAUAAAUAUAAAAAAGUAUUAAUAUAUACACUUUUUUUCAAUAAGAUUCACUCAAAGUUCUUGCCAAGUUUCAGUGAUAGUUUCAU